GUUGUGAGUUGACGGGUGAAUUGCAAAGGAGAGCGUCAAUUUGUGUGAUUGCUUCAACUGUUCUGUCAGCGAGUGGUUGGUUGUUGAUUCUGGGCACAUCAAGGACACCAAGUGAACAAUAAUAGUUCUUUCAUCUGGCACAACAACCCGUGAUAGGGACGUCAGCUCCUGCACGAAGAAAGAUGGUGAUGGAUUUUAUAAGCAAUCAUAAACUUGAGUUUGCUGGAGUGAGAUUGCAAAAAGAAUGUUUAUGAUCCAUAAAAGGAGCGACGUUAAUGGCAAGGUCGGUUUGGAACAAUCUCCAUCGAGAGAGGGCCUCUUCAGUGUAAACGAGGAAGGGUAAAAAAGGGGCCAGAUCCUAUCGUUGACUUAAUCUCCAUUCCCACAAAAAAGAGCAAAGUUAUCCAUCAAAAAAACUUGAGCAAUCCGUGUACCAGAGAGGACGCGAGUGUCAGCAAAUGCCGAGUGAACCCCGGUCCAUCACCACCAAACCCACCGUUGAUCAAAUGGCACAAAAAGGCCGGGACUAUUCUUGUAGAUCGUGGAUGGCCAUGGAUGGGCUUGUUGCUUUAGCCAGCCACUUGCACACUUCACUUCCAGUUUGAUCCGAGAAAGAGGCCACGAGCGAGUCGAUUGGUAUGUCUAACUGAGUCUGUGUGUGAAUGUGUGCUCGUUCCAAAUCUGCUGAGAUGAGGAGGAUGAGGAUGAGCUGGCGAGGAGAAAAGUUCUGCUAGUUUUUCUCUGGCCGGAAUUUGUCUCAUUAUCCUACAGAGCUUUGUUCUCCCGUUGGCUCUGAUUUCCUUCAUUGGACCAACGCAAAGGAGAGAGAGAGAGAGAGCGAGGCAUCUUAAAAAAGGGGAUCUCCUGAAGAAAAGAGGAAACAAAUCAGCUCUAUCAACUCUGACGAAGGAAGACGAAUAAGAACCAACCUUUUUGGCAACACCACACAGAACACAAAUAGACAAGCGCCAAGUUGCCGUACCUCUUAUUUUCCAACUAGUUAGAGGGACCCACAUCCACCCAUCCACACACACCCCACUCGCCCACUCAUCAGCACUGAAAGAAAGAGUGGCUUUCAACCAUACCAAACUCUUGCCAAAAAGACAAAGCAGCCUGUCACGUCCUUGUGGCUUCGAAAGAACCCAAGAGAAAGUGUUCCCUUUUUUUCUCGAAAUAAGUGUCUAUCUCACCCUCAAAAUUCCAUUAAAGUCCCCAUCAUAAAUAGAGUGCAGAAUCUUGAUCUACCUUGACGUUUACUUUGUGCCUCAUCAAGAAGGACCGACUGACUUUGUCUGGUGCAGUAGCCAUCUAAGUGAGCUAACCAUCCAACCAGCCAGCCAGUUGCCAUCCCAAGGAGAUCAUGGUUCCAAGAACAGAUCCCCAGAGAUUAGGGAUGAAUUCCAUCCUGUUCUUAAUCCUAGUUUUGAGCCUCUUAAUGAGAGGGAUUGAGUCGAGCUUCUCGCCAAGUAAUGGCUUCCUGAAUGAAGAACCAAACCUUGACGGGGAUUCCUUUGCAUAUGAAGGCGCCGCGCCCUUUGACGAGACCAACUCCAAUAGAAUCUUCCACCACGUCAGUGACUUUGAUGAGCAAAUUCUGGCCUCUCCCAAAGGGGCCUUUGAUGCCAAUAUGUAUUCCAAUAUGAUUCCCCUCUCGCCCAUGGAUGACCCGGAUUCCAUCCCCAUGUCCAAUCCGGGCACUCCUCAUGUGACAGCCACCGCAGGCGCCAAUAUCACAUUGGCUUGUCCGGGAGUGAGUCCCACGUCCUACAUCUACCUGGUGGAAUGGAAAUGUGUGGGAUGUCGGUGCCAAGACUGUCCCAAUCCUCAUGGCGAGGGUCUUCGUAUUCUGAGGUACAAUGACAAACUUAUGAGGUGGGACAAUGAGGACGAAAGGAGGAACUUGGACAUGGACCGGUCGGGAUUGAAAUUUGAGCCUGUCACUUCCGCUGACUCGGGAACAUACAUGUGCUUGAUUAACAAUCGCCGAGAACCAGAUUCACCGAUAGUUUUGAUCGUGCAAGAUGUCCCUGAUCCACCUCCAAGUCGUCCUUUGGUGGUUCGGUUGGAUUCUAGGAGUGUGGACUUGUCUUGGGCUCCUCCAAGGAGGAACCACCACCAUCACGUUAUAUCAUACAAGAUAUUUAUCAAGGAAGGCGAGACUGGAUCUUGGGAUCGAACUGUGGAGACAAGUUCCAAUCUUACUCGAUUCCAUAUCAAGGACCUUCAGCCCUUCACCACCUACAUGUUUCGGGUGUCGGCAAAAAACCUGCUCGGCUACUCCAAACCCAGCAAAGAGAGCUACCCAACCAUGACACACCGAGAAAAACCAAGUGGAUCACCCACUUUCUUGCGGGACAAAAUUAGCACAAGCUCGACUAGCUUGAGCAUCGUGUGGCAACCCCCACCCAAACAGACGUUGAACGGGGAGUUCUUGGGCUAUGAGAUGACCUAUCGGCCCAAGAAUGAGCGGCGAUCUACCAAAUUGACGAUCAACGAAGACAUCUUGAGAAUUCAGAACUACACCAUCGGAAAUCUGCAGAAGCACACCACUUACGUCAUAUCUUUGUCGGUGAAAAAUCUGAAAGGUGUCGGACCCAACGCAACCAUUGAACUUCGCACUGAAGAUGGAGUUCCCUUGGAGCCUCAAAGGCCACGCUUCAGUAAUGUCACUGCCCAGAGUCUCGUAUUGUCUUGGCAAAUGCCCUCCAACGCCAGAAAUCUGGGCUCAGACCUCCUCGGAUACCGGAUCUAUGUCACGGAGAUGUGUGAAGAGGCUCGCUCUCAGUAUGAAAUCAGGUAUCAGCCGUACCACAGCAGGCGGUGCCGAAAGAUCCAACCCUUCACCAUUAAUAGCGGAUCGACCACGCAGACUUUGGUCGACGGACUCAGUCCAUAUACCAAGUACAAAAUUGUUCUCCGAGCGUUCACCAAGAAGCGUGAAGGUCCAGCCUCAGAUGCUCUGAUUCUCAUGACGGACACAUCACCGCCAGGAGCUCCAAUCAUCACCAAUAUCACUUGCUAUGGCACUGAUGAGCUUCAGAUCGAAUGGCGAAGGCCAGAUCAAGACUCGGCCAUCAAAUAUUACAAGAUCCUGCUCAAUCAUCGAGACCGACGGGAUCAAAUGCGCACUGAAGAGAUUCACGUGGAAAUCGUGAACGAUACCCUCAAGAACGUGGCAUUUCUCUCGAAUCUGACCACGGAAUCGAUUUACGACCUUCGCAUCGUGGCCUUUGUCGAAAGUUUUAUUCAUCCAGGGAAAUUGUACCAAGGGCCCACGUCCCACGCCAGAAGGAUCUUUGUGGGCCGUGAGUGUGAUCCUCAUCAGGCAUUUUCCAAAGUCCACGAUGUACUCGAAUUCAAUGCAGGGAUUGUGGCCGGAAUCAUAUGUACGGCGACCAGCUUGGUCUUGUUGGCCUUGGUCAUGCUGAUUUGCAGACGCCACAAGCCAAGGUAUGAGUUUUUGGCGCUAACUCCAAAGUAUAUGGCCGCGGGGCGUGGCGGGCCGGGCUCACCACCCAUCAACGGCGGACCCCAGGGUUGGAUCAGUGACCAUGAGUCGGACAUUCCCAUCAGUCUGCUGCCCAAACACGUGUCUGGAUUGCACGCUUGCGAUAACAUGGCGUUCCACAAGGAUUUCGAAUCAAUCCAUUCUGCUCGACUCUUGAGACACGCCAAUGACGCUGGAAGUCUCAUUGGCAACGUUCACGCAGCUAACACGUAUCCGGACAUUCUCAAUGGAAGACCAGAUUGUGGCUCACAUAGCACAUGUCCCAUAUUUUUGGACGGAUGGUUGGUUCCAUUCAACUUUAUUUGCUUGUUGGGCGAGGCUCCUUUGGCGAGUGAGUCCACAUGGAUCAGACUUAUUUGGGAACAACAUGUUGGGAUGAUUGUCACGCUUCUGACCUCGGUGGCCAAGGAUGAUCUGAGCACGCUGUCAGACUCCAAGAGAUUUGGAGACAUAAUUGUCACACUUCAGACCGAGGAUAUCUUGCCAGACUACACCAUUAGAACCAUGAAGUUGAGUCAUCGGAAAUUUCGCAAGGCACCCGAGCGCUACAUCACUCAACUGAUUUUUGGCCGCUACCCUGAAAUCGGAUUACCCCACGGAUCCGAUUUCCUCAACUUUACCAAGGCAGCCUUCGCUGUCAACCGCACGAGCGGUGGGAAAAUCCUCGUCCAAAGCAGAAAUGGCUUGGACUCAUGUCUCGUAUACGCCAAAUUGCACACCAUGUUGGACCAGAUCCAGGCUCGGGGAGAGGUCAAUAUCCCCUGUUACUCGAGGCAUUUAUCGUCCGUCAAUGACGUGGCCCUCUCAUCGGUGGACCAAUUCAUCUACGUUCACGAUGUGUUGGCCGAAGCCGUGGAGUACGGCCAGUUGCAUUCCAUACUGCAAGCCAAUGCGAGCAUGAAUUCCAAUGGAUCCCUCUCAAUGCCUCAGUAGUGGAAAUGAACGCUCGAACUUGAAUUCUGCUCCCCCCAAACCGGGUUCCAAUGAGGAACCAAACGAAAAUCGUUCUCAUCUCAGUGUCGUAAUAAGUCUUAUUGUUGGAAAGAAAAUUGAAGUUGUUUUCCAGACCCAAGAGGGCUUUAGUGGUGCUCGGUGCAGACGUUAUGUUGUUCCAUUGUCGCCCAAGACAGGAUUUUUAGCAAAUACAUUUGUUUUCGUGUACUCUCA